GACGCCCUUUGAGCUGUCAGUCUUACGGAGCGCCUUUUUUGCCGUUUCUUCUGUAAAGUUGGCCGUCGAAAAUGGCUGUUUAGCCUUCACGGAGCUGCCCUGAAACUCUGCAGAUUGUUUUCUCCCUCUCUUCCGCACUCAUCCUUCGUUUCAUUUUCGCUCUUUUUCUCAUUUUGUUGCUUCGCAGGGAAUUAUCAUUAUUAUAUUUUUCUUUUCUGCACUGACUUAUUUUUCCGCUUUCGGUUUCGCGCCUCGCGUUGAUCGCGGUGCAACAACCUCAUACCCACCAUCAAUGCGAUAAUGCCCGCCAAGAAGCGAUUAGUGCCCCCUAUCCGGCCCAACGCGGAUGGCACCGGUUUUGUGCGCGUCGGUCGACAAGGCGGCCCUGCUCAUGACCGGGCUGGCGGUCCACGCCGAGCCGUGACACCGUCUAGCAGCUCCGAUGCCGCCUCAGCGGACUCACCUGACUCGAACGCGGAGGCAGCGGCUGUUGCCACCGUCGCCACCGUCCAGUCCCGAGGGCGCCAGAGCCGUUCCCGGGCAAGCGGGAACGCAGCGCCGGCUGUUGCGGCACCUUCUCCACCGCCCACAGAGAAGAGCAACAGACCAGCAGAAAUCGCUGCUGCCUCGCCCAGUGCGAACACGCCUUCCCCUCCGGCUAACGAAAACUCGGUGCCCAAACGAGCCAAGAUACCGGUGUUGCAGUCUCCGGCGUCCCUGCACGAUGUGGAAAUUGGUGUGGAUGCUGCGUUGGGUCCGAGUGAGUGUUUGCUGUCGUCUCGCGCGCUUCAUCAGCUCGGCCUGCUGAACGGCUCUCUCGUGCAGCUAGUCACACCGUACGGCGAGGUGUACGCGGAGGCCCGGCAGGUUCGCGGCGCAGCUGCGGCGUCCGACAAGCUUUUUGUUAACGAGGACGCGGCGGCCCUUCUCGUAGACAGGCGUGCCCGCUUAGUUCCUGUGGCGGUUCCGCCGCAGGGGCUUCCGCAGCUCAUUUCUGUCACGCUGCGACCCGUUCCACCCGAAGAUCCUCACGGCGCGGCGCAGACGUCGGCUGUGUCGACGGCCGCUGCAUCUGUGCAGGAGUGGCAGGCGAUGUUCCGCCGCGCUCUGCACCACAAGGUAGCCUACCUGGCCCUCAAAACAACCCAACGUGUUCUCACGCAGCGUCUCACACUGGAGGUGGUGAAGCUGAUCACCUCUGACGCCACGCACGCCCCACAGGACCCAUCCCGUUCCUCCUUAUCCACCUCUUGUACUCCACUCACCUGGGGAGUUGUCACGGAUGCGACUUCGCUUUUUAUCGAGAACGGAGAGACGAACGACGCAGCUGGACCGCCUUUUUUUCCUGCCGUGGACCCAAAACCGGAUGCUGGUGCGGUGGACACCUCUGAGCCAACAGGUUCAAGGUGUACGCUGGUGGUGGGCGAAGCUGGCACCGGCAAGAGCCGCCUGUUGCAGCGGUGUGGAGCGCAAGAACAGCAGCUAACAACUCUACCUGACCCGUCCAGCACAAUACUGAACCCGCUGCAGUCCGGUGGCAGUCGCCAUGUGGAAUGGGUGCGCGUGGAGGAGCUACCGCAAGGGGAGGGGAGCGAGGUCAGCACCGCCACCGCGCUGCACGAAGCCUUCGAGCGGGCCCGCCAGUCCGCGCCUGCCGUCGUACUUAUGGACGACCUACACUUGAUUUGCGCACGCGAGACGUCGUCGGCGGGGUCGCGGUGGGCCAUGUCUCUCGUCGCCCAUGCCCUCGCCGAAGAACUGCUGGAUCUGCAACGGCACCACCACGAUGUGUGGGUGGUGGCGAGCGCGCCGUCGCUGGACAGCCUCGACGGGUGUUUGACCGGCGCUUCCUUACUGGGCCGGCACGUGGUGUCGUUGGAGAUGCCGGCGGGACCGGCGGAGCGCCUCGCGUGCUUGCGCACGUGCCUCUCCGAGAUUCGCGGCAACGGUGCUGCUGCGGCCGCCGCGCCGCCAGUUGUGAGCGAGGAGUGCUUGAGAGAGGUGGCCGAGCGUGCGCACGGCUUCACGCAGCGGGAUUUGAACCGCCUUGCGGAGACCGCCGUCGUGAAGGCCUUCCACGCACGUCAGUCCGUCGCGCCACAGGACGCGGAUCUGCGUGCGGCUGCGGCAGUGGUGCAUCCUUCCUCCUUGAAGCGCUUCGAGGUGUCGGUGCCCAACGUGACGUGGGACGACAUCGGCGGUAGCGCGGAAGCAAAACAAGCUCUCUGCGAUGUUGUCGAGUGGUGCCUCGGGAAGCAGAGCUGGAUCUUUUCCGAGUUCAACUUAACGCCGCCCAAAGGGGUGCUGCUCUACGGCCCACCGGGCUGCAGCAAAACGAUGUUGGCCAAGGCAUUGGCGAAUGAGAGUCACAUGAACUUUAUCUCCGUCAAAGGACCGGAGGUGUUCUCGAAGUGGGUCGGCGACAGCGAGAAGGCAGUGCGUGACAUCUUCGAGCGGGCCCGCGCUGCCAGCCCUUGCGUGGUUUUCAUUGAUGAGCUGGACGGCAUGUGUGGGCACCGCGGCCGCGGCGGGGUGUCGGACCGUGUCAUCUCGCAGUUUCUCACCGAGCUGGACGGCCUGCCAGCUGCCUUCGAGGAAAAGAAAAACGCGCUGGUGUUUGUGGCCGCCACCAACAGGCCGGACAGCAUUGACGGUGCCGUGCUGCGGCCGGGCCGAAUUGAUCGCCGGGUCUACGUGGGUCUGCCGAACAGCGCGGAGCGCCUCGCCAUCGCGGCAAUUCAGUUUCGGCACAUCCCCGUUGCCGCGGAUCUCACCGCGGGCUACGUCGCGGAGAGGACGGAAGGCUACACCGGCGCGGAGGUGGUGGCGGUGGUGAAGGAGGCCGCCUUUCACGCCAUCACGGCAGACACGAAGGCGGCGUGUGUGGCGCUCGCGGAUGUGGACGCCGCGCUGCUGAAGGUGCGGCCUCGCAUUCAGGCAAAGGAUGUGGAGUGGUACAAGCAGUGGCCACAUAACACGCAGACCCCGGUAGAGUGA